CUACCAUCCAUCUCCUCAUCUCCAUCUAAAUACCAUCAAUCAAACAUUUCCAUCUCCCAAUCCCCCACACAAUCACAAUGGCUACUCUUCACUACCUCCCCCCGGUCAAGCCCUCGGCCAUCGCCCUGGGUACUGCCUUCAACCACGCCGUGUCCCUCGCGGUCCUCGGUCCCAUCUUCGGUGAGACCUACCGCCGCGCUCAAGCAGCCAACUCCAAGGAGGAGUUCUUCAAAUCAAAGGAGGCUGCCACUGCCGCUGCCACCUGGGGAAGCUCCAUCGCCGGCUCAGCUGUUCAGGCGUAUGGCGUGGGUGCUUUGAUCAACGCGACUGGUACUCUUAGUUACAAGGGCGCUGCGUACCUCGGCAGCUUGAUCUUCUUUGCCUCUUCUGCACCAACGCUUCUUGCUCAAGUUCUCACUGAGAAGCGCCCUCUCGAUACCGUUGUCGUAGGCGCUGUCUCCAAGGUCCUCGAGACUGUAGGCCUGAGCUUGUUCCUCACCUACUGGGGUACCCGUACCAACCCCUUCAACUAAAUACCUCCUCUAAGCCUGCUCUCACUCGGCGCUAAAAUGGAACGACGAUAUGUGGUAA